CCCUUAUAAGUACAGCUUCAUUACAGCUGCUGCUUAGACAGAUGAGGAUGCUUGCUCAGGGACACACAGAUAGUAAUUUUUGGGGCAAUGGCCACGGUGUGCCUUCGCCCUCAUGCCAGGGUGUCCUCUGGUCACUUGAUCGAUUAACCUUUUAUAAGGUGCCUUUCACUAGAAAUAUCACCUUAAAGAAUAUUCUGUUGGCGUGAUCAGUAUUUUAUAAGGUAUUCAGACUGUCCUUGCAGUGAUCAGAACCUGUUGGGUAAAAUUGGAGAAGAUGCCUAUUGAUACUACAAGCAACUUUAAAAGACUUCCUCACAUCAUGCAGUGUGGGAUUUGAAUUUAAGAGAGAGACUGAGCACCUUUUAAUGAAGAACACCUUCCCGAGGUACAACACCUUUUGUACGGCUGUUUGCUCACAGUUGAUAUUUCACUUCUCACACAGGUUCAUGCUGUGCUGAGCUGGGGCUGAAGGUCCAGAAUGAGAGCAGUGGUCUCGGUGAGCUGUAACUUUUUGUUUGUCCUAUUGGACGUUACUCUCACCACCAUCCUGUACAUUGACGGCACACAAGUCAGACGCUUCUUGCAAGAGCUGAACAGCUUUGACAUCUUCACCUCCACGAUUGAUGUGUGGUUGACCUGUCUGAUCCGAGCUUGUGUCUUACUUGGAGCUUCAACCGGUGUAGCCCGAAACAGCACGGAUGGCCCCAGAAGGGUCAAGAAACUGAACACGGGAAUUUCUGUCCUGUGCAUGUUAAUGGUGGUCUAUGCCGUAGCCAAGUUGCUGCUGUUUUCAGAAGUAGCCGCCUUGCUGGGUGCACCAUGGUUCCUCAGUCUGUUUGCGUGGUCUUGUAUUUCGUCACUUUCCACAUUAGGAUUUUGGAAAUUGCUCUGUUUGGUAAAGACCAAGAGGGAGUUAUUAGUAAUUAAUGAAGACAAAACCAAAGAAGACGACGAUGAUGAAUCGGGGGCCUCGAGUGCUUUCGUUGAAGAGAGCAACAAAAAAGACAACAGAGGAAGCUCAAAAGCCACGAUAAGCCGACUUUUGUCUUACACAAAAGAAGAUGCUGGCGUUCUGGGAGUUGCUUUUGUUUUCCUUAUUCUGGCUGCCCUGGGUGAAUGCUUCAUACCUUACUACACUGGACUGGCUGUCGAUGGGAUUGUCAUUCAAAAGAGCAUGGUGGUGUUUACAAAAGCUUUGCUUCUAAUGUUGCUGCUUGCCAUUUCAAGUUCCUUUGCUGCUGGGAUUCGCGGUGGGAUGUUUAACCUCACGUUUGCCCGACUGAAUGUCAGGAUUCGUAAUCUGCUUUUUAGAUCACUGGUUCAGCAAGAAAUUGGCUUCUUUGACUCAAACCACACAGGUGAUAUCACCUCCCGUCUGACUUCUGACACCACACUUGUGAGUGACCUGGUCUCUCAGAAUGUCAAUAUUUGUCUACGCUGCUUGGUGAAGGGAGUGGGCGUCUGCAUCUUUAUGUUCAGCCUCUCCUGGAAAUUGUCACUUGUUACUUUUAUGGGAUUUCCACUCGUCAUGAUCGUUUCAGAGCUCUAUGGAAAAUACUAUAAGCGCCUUGCAAGAGAGGUCCAGGAUGCACUUGCCAAAGCCAAUAAUAUUGCUGAAGAGACCAUAUCAGCGAUGAAGACAGUGAGAAGCUUUGCCAAUGAAGACAACGAAGUGGAGGUUUACUGGGAGAAGCUCCAGCACAUGUACAAGCUAAACAAGAAGCAGGCUUUGGCCUAUGCAUGUUACAUGUGGUCCAUUAGUCUCGCCGAGGUUGCUUUGCAAGUCAGUGUCCUAUUUUAUGGUGGCCAUCUUGUACUAAGUGAUCAAAUGACCAGUGGAAACCUUAUUUCCUUCAUUAUCUAUGAACUGGAGUUAGGAGACUGUAUGGAGAACAUUGGUUCAGUCUACACGGGGCUAAUGCAAGGGGUUGGAGCAGCAGAAAAGGUGUUUGAAUUCAUUAAUCGGAAACCCCUAAUGACAAGAGAAGGAACCACGGCCCCUGACACUUUCAAAGGACAUGUCGAAUUCAAGAAUGUGUCAUUUGCCUUUCCAACCCGUCCUAACUCUCAGAUCUUAAAGAAUGUGACAUUUGCACUACGACCUGGUGAAGUGACAGCACUGGUGGGCCCCUCAGGCAGCGGGAAGAGCUCUUGUGUGUAUUUGAUGGAACACUUUUAUGCAGCUCAGUCUGGUGAGGUCCUGCUGGAUGGGAUCCCCAUUGAACAGUAUGAUCACAACUAUCUGCAUUCCAAGGUUGCAUUGGUGGGUCAAGAACCAGUUCUGUUUGCUCGUUCAAUCCAAGAGAACAUCGCUUAUGGUCUGCAUGAAUUCACGAUGGACUCGGUUGUUCAGGCGGCAAAGGCAGCAAAUGCUCACGGGUUCAUCACUGAGCUACAAAGCGGUUAUAAUACAGACGCAGGAGAGAGAGGAGCCCAGCUCUCGGGGGGUCAGAAACAACGUGUUGCAAUCGCUCGGGCACUCAUCAGAAACCCACACCUGCUCUUAAUGGAUGAGGCCACCAGUGCGUUAGAUACAGAAAGUGAACAUACAGUUCACCAGGCACUGGAAGGAGCCAUGCAUAACAAGACAAUUUUGGUCAUCGCCCAUCGCCUCAGCACUAUUGAAAAGGCACACAACAUCAUUGUUUUAGACAAAGGAAAGGUGUCUGAGCAGGGCACCCAUAAAGAGCUGAUGGAAAAAAGAGGCCUCUACUUCAAGAUGGUGCAGAGACAAAUGCUUGGUGUGGACCCUCCAGUAGACGACAGCACAGUCAUGGACAGAUCAACGCCCCAAAAAGUGUCCCUUAUAAAAAGAAACUCUAGUAGAAGAACUAAUUACGAUGACUCGGACGAAGAUUUUUACUUUUGAAAAGCACCUCAGUAUCAAAACAAAAGCUGCCUUUUAAAAUGUGUAGUAGAAGAUAAUUGUCACAGUAAAUAAACAAAGGGUAAGGGACUGAGGAAGAGGAAAAGUACGAUUAUUUCAAAAGUGGCAAACUGUUCCAAAUGAGUCCAGACAGUAAUUUACAGGUAAAAUGAAAGUUCAACAGCCGUAGCAUCAUGCAUGGGAACACUGAAAUAGAGUUUAGUUAAGGACCUCUUUGACGUUCUGCAGAGACUGACACUGUGGUGGAUUUUAAUGUAUCUGUUUUAAAAGUUAAAAAGAGGUACUUUUUAACUGUAAGCUCUUU